AUGGAACAUGUUGAAGAUGUAGAGGAUGUAGAAGAUGUAGAAGAUGUAGAAGAUGUAGAAGAUGUAGAAGAUGUAGAAGAUGUAGAAGAUGUAGAAGAUGUAGAAGAUGUAGAAGAUGUAGAAGAUGUAGAAGAUGUAGAAGAUGUAGAAGAGGUAGAAGAUGUAGAAGAUGUAGAAGAUGUAGAAGAUGUAGAAGAUGCCCCAACAGGUAGUCUCGACUUUACCAAAACGCCGCGAUUCCUCGCACGCACCGCACCCAUGGAGUUCUACGCGGAAAAUUUCGGCUGCUCCGGCUCCCUCGACGACUGGAGUUCCUCCGGCUCGAGCUCGAGCUGCGACGGGAGCCCGAAGCCCGGCCGGAUGAGGGCCGAGGCGACGCCGGCGGUGCUGAAGAAGAGGCGAUUGGCGGCGAACGCCAGGGAGCGCAGGAGGAUGCAGCACCUGAACCGGGCGUUCGACAGGUUGAGGAGCUUCCUGCCGCAACUCGGCCAGGACAGGCAGCUUUCGAAGUACGAGACGCUUCAAAUGGCGCAGAAUUACAUCGGCGCUCUGUACGAUUUGAUCGAUAAGGAGAAUCGAUGCGUAAAUGAUUUAUUUUAG